UCGUCGCGAAGCACAAUAUCGAGACCGGUCCUCCAGAGAUGUGAGGCGGGUUUCACACUUGAUCUGGUUCGGCCAAAAUAAACACCAAGCGCGCGGAAAAGACGCCGAGGAUAGUAGAGGCACAAAACGUCUGGAUUAUAUAUUUCACCGAGCUGAAUCUAACCGGUCCACAAAUGAGCAACAGCAGAUGAACUUGAUGAGGUCCAGUCAGCUGAUGAAAGAGGAGUGAUCACGUCAUCCUCCUCUUGUAGACUCCAUCUAGGGGCCAGUGAGGCUGAAGAGGUGUCCCUUCAGCCCGCCUCAUUUCUUCACCAUUUCCUCUUCGAGUUGGUCCCCGAGUGUUUCGAAACUGUUUCUCCAACACUUUUUCCAAAAACUCAGACUGUUUUCCAAAGCAGAAGCAGCACAGCCCUCCCAGACUGUGGUGAUGGGAAGUGUGCGAGCCAGCCGCUACAGCAUUGUGUCAUCAGAGGAGGACGGCAUGAAGCUGGCCACUAUGGCAGUACCCAACGGCUACGGGAACGGCAAGAGCAAGGUGCACACGAGGCACCAGCCGCAAAGCCGAUUUGUAAAGAAAGACGGUCACUGCAACGUGCAGUUCAUCAACGUGAGCGAGAAAGGUCAGCGGUACUUGGCUGACAUCUUCACUACGUGCGUGGACAUCCGCUGGAGGUGGAUGUUCAUCAUCUUCUGCCUCGCCUUCCUCCUGUCGUGGCUGUUCUUCGGCUGCGUCUUCUGGCUGGUGGCCAUCUUCCACGGGGACUUAGAAAACAACGGCCAGAAGUGCGUCUCCAACGUGAGCAGCUUCACCGCCGCCUUCCUCUUCUCCAUUGAGACUCAAACUACUAUUGGCUAUGGCUACAGAUACGUGACAGACGAGUGCCCCGUCGCUGUCUUUAUGGUGGUUUUCCAAAGCAUUGUGGGCUGCAUUAUUGACGCCUUCAUCAUUGGUGCUGUCAUGGCAAAGAUGGCAAAACCUAAGAAGAGGAAUGAAACUUUGAUUUUUAGCCAUAAUGCCACAGUGGCCAUGAGGGACAACAAGCUUUGCCUCAUGUGGCGUGUGGGCAACUUAAGGAAGAGCCACCUGGUAGAGGCACACGUGCGGGCGCAACUUCUGAAAUCCCGGACGACAGCAGAGGGGGAGUACAUCCCCCUCGACCAGAUGGACAUAGAUGUGGGCUUCGACAGCGGAGUCGACCGCAUCUUCCUGGUCUCCCCCAUCACCAUCGUCCAUGAAAUCAACGACGACAGCCCCUUCUACGACAUGAGCAAACAGGACCUGGAGAACUCAGAGUUUGAAAUCGUGGUCAUCCUGGAGGGCAUGGUCGAGGCAACCGCUAUGACGACGCAGUGCCGCAGCUCCUACGUCGCCGGCGAGAUCCUCUGGGGUCAUCGGUUCGAGCCUGUGCUUUUUGAGGAGAAGAACUACUACAAGGUGGACUACUCUCGCUUCCAUAAGACAUACGAGGUGCCGAGCACCCCUCUGUGCAGCGCCAGAGACCUUGCAGAGAAAAAAUACAUUCUCGCAAACUCCAACUCCUUCUGCUAUGAAAACGAGAUGGCGCUGGAGAACAAAGAGGACACAGACGAGGGGAACGGGGGCAGCGUUGGGCCCGACGGCACCCAGACAGACAACAUCUCAGAGACUGAACACAGCCAAGCAACGGUGCCGCUGGAGCCCCGGCCUCUGAGACGAGAGUCAGAAAUAUGACUGUUCACACCUCAGACCUCACGUGAGGGAUGUUUUUAAAAAUCACCUCUCUGCUCCGAAAGGCGCAACGAGCCGAGCUGGGCCUUGGGUAGAGGACAAGCCGAACGGUACUGCUGAGGAAAGCGGCAAGGUUUAGGACUUUGUAUGCAAGAGUCUGCUUGAACUUUGACUACAUACAGUAUGACAAAACACAGCACUAUGAACCAUGUGCAUAUUGCAGGAAGAAUUCUCCAUGAAGUCCCCACAAAGUGUCUGGUGACUGCAAGAUGACGGAGAGGAAGCAGGUUAUUGACUUGACUAGAAAAUUGCAGGCAUGUCUCAAUUUCUCUGUCCGGCAUGAACAAGACGCUUUCAGAAAGGUGGUUUUUAGAGUUAGAAUAUGUUCUCAAGUGCUGCUAGAAAAUAGUUAAACUUUGUGCCUUCUUGUAGAACCAAAGAGUACCUGAAAUAGAUGUCUGGAACAAAGAAGGUACAAGUAGAGUAUUUGUUCCCGAGCUGGUCUCAUUGCAGACAUCACAGAAGUCUAAAUAAACUGCACCAAAAAACUCUCUGUAUGCAAUAAAAGUAGAAAACUUUAGGGAUUUCCUCUGACUUGACAGCACUGAUUUUCUGCUUUGGCCUUUGCAGUUAUUGAGCUGAGAGACUGUUCAUUGCUGGUCAGACUGAUAGAAACAUGCCUGCGUAUGUCAAGAGAUGGAGCAGGGUAGUAUGAAUGGCAUCAAACUGACAAAAAAAAAAAUCAUUAAUUUAAACGGAGACCGGGGUGAUAUGAGAAUCUGAAUGUUCUUAAAAGUGCUGCUAUAAUGUUGCUUCUUUUUUUUUUUAAUUUUUGUUACGGUUGAUAAAACAAUACCAAAGAGUGUUGUUAUCGUAGUUAUGUGUUUCUUAAAAACAACACCUGCUUAGAUUUGGUACAGAGAAGUAGAAAGUUUAGGAAGUUUUACUAAGGUUUGUUUUUCAAGAAUGUGUGUACAGUUUUAUGUUGUAACUUUAUCGUGAGCCACUUCAUCAAGCCUUAAUCUGGAAAGUCAUAAAGGGGAGAUGUAUAAAUCAAUCAAAGUGGCAAAGGCUUUACUGCAGCGGACAGUGAACAGGAAUCACAAGUACCGCAGUGUCGGAUGAAUAAAACAAUAACUUUCUGAUGUUUGGAGGAUUUUUAGGCAUCAACUUGAACUUGAUUUUUUUUUUUUUUUUUUUUUUUUUUUU